CGAUGGAACAUAUUUCUCCCUCUGGUCUUCUCCCGGCAUGCGCCUCUUCAUCGCUUCGUUUACUUGACGUCUCUAAUCUAACCACGAUAACGACGUCUUUCGAAGUGAUUUUAUGUAGAAAACAGCAGUAGCGUGUCGUUGACCACCGCUUACGGCCGCUCUGUCUCGGUGACAAGGUACCGAGAUCGAUCUCAUUCUCUCGUCUGUCAUCCCCGUGAUUGAUUUCUUUUUUUUUUUCUCUUUUUUGGUUUAAUCAGAAGAUCCGCCCGGUUCAAUCGCACUACUCGACAUUGUGAUCAAUAUUUUCCUCCCCAAUUGGCAGUGACGGAUCUAAUCUGAUUUCCGCGUGUACACCUCGUGACAAAUAAACAUUCCUUCCUUAUUAGUGUGUGACUUGUUGAGGAUCAACGUCUUUCGAGAUAAUCGAGAGUCGCAAAUAGUAUUCGAUGAGCGUUCUCGAAUAAGCGCGAUAUCGGGCGCCAGUGACGGGGAUCUUCCGGCAGCUGAUCAAUUUGACGGACAGCCGAUUAAUCGUGCUCCUUGCAGAAGAUACCGGAGACCAGGGCCAUGUACUCGAUCCUGUUAUUAGCGAGAUCCGCCCGACACGGGAAUUUGCCACGGAGAUUGGCCUCGUCAUUCGCGAGGCUGCGUUUGUCCCAGCUAACAAUGAUUAAAGACACGUCGCAAAGGUGCGCGCGAAGAGAGCUGCAAACUUCGGAGAGACCACGUAGGCAGCAGACCUUUACGGAGCGCACCGAAUUGCAGUACGCUCGUCGGUUGGUCAUCAAACUCGGUAGCGCCGUUAUAACUCGGGAAGACGAACACGGACUGGCCCUGGGACGUCUCGCGUCCAUCGUCGAACAGGUAGCCGAGUGUCAGAUCGACGGACGUGAAUGCAUCAUGGUGACCAGCGGUGCGGUCGCCUUUGGCAAGCAGAAGCUUACUCAGGAGCUGUUAAUGUCUAUGUCGAUGAGAGAAACCCUGAGCCCCACGGAUCACACACGGGAACACGCAGGAACCAUGCUGGAACCCAGAGCAGCCGCUGCGGUGGGUCAAUCAGGUCUCAUGUCCCUUUACGACGCGAUGUUCGCGCAGUACGGAGUCAAGAUCGCCCAGGUGCUGGUGACCAAGCCCGACUUUUACAACGAGGAGACGCGCAAGAACCUCUUCAGCACAUUGAGCGAGCUGAUCAGUCUGAACAUCGUGCCGAUCAUCAACACGAACGACGCGGUGUCACCGCCGCCGCAUGUUGACGAGGAGGUUGCCGGUGGUAGCGGUAGACGAGGCAUAUCCAUCAAGGACAACGAUUCCCUGGCGGCAAUGCUGGCGGCCGAGGUCCAAGCGGAUCUGCUGGUCCUCAUGAGCGACGUCGACGGGAUCUACAAUCUGCCUCCUUGGCAGGACGGCGCGAAGAUGUUGCACACCUUCAGCUCUGAUCACAGGGGUACCAUCAAGUUCGGCCAGAAGUCGAAGGUGGGCACCGGUGGCAUGGACUCCAAGGUCAACGCGGCCCUCUGGGCGAUGGAUCGCGGAGUCGCGGUGGUCAUCUGCAACGGUACCCAGGAGAAAGCCAUCAAGAGCAUCAUGUCCGGCAGGAAAAUCGGAACAUUUUUCACGCAGGCUACCGGCUCGUCCACCCCGGUCGAGGUGAUCGCCGAAAAUGCUCGCGUCGGCAGUAGAGUGUUGCAGGCGUUACAACCCGAGGAACGUGCCGAGUGUAUCAGAACCCUGGCGGACUUGUUGGAAUCGAGACAGUCCGACAUCCUCUCGGCGAACGCGCUGGAUCUGGAAGAAGCGAGCAAGAAGAACCUGGCCAAGGCCCUUCUCUCGCGUCUGUCCCUAACGUCGGCGAAGCUGAAAUCCUUAAGUUCCGGUCUGAAUCAGAUCGCGACAGAUUCGUUGAACAACGUGGGUCGUGUGCUACGUAGGACGAAACUGGCGGAGGGUCUGGAAUUACAGCAGAUCACUGUACCCAUCGGCGUGCUGCUGGUGAUCUUCGAGUCCAGGCCGGAUAGUUUACCCCAAGUAGCCGCUCUAGCCAUGUCCAGCGCCAACGGACUCCUCCUAAAAGGCGGCAAGGAAGCAGCUCAUAGCAACAAGUACCUGAUGACGCUCGUGAAGGAGGCGCUCGCGAAAUUCGGCGCCUCCAACGCUAUUUCACUCGUGUCCACGAGAGAGGACGUGGGAGAUCUUCUCUCGAUGGAGAAGCACAUUGAUCUCAUUAUACCUCGCGGUAGCUCGGAUCUGGUCCGCACGAUUCAGGAUCAAUCGAAGCACAUACCUGUGCUAGGACACGCCGAGGGUGUCUGUCAUGUUUACGUUGACAAGGACGCGGAUCUGGCGAAAGCUCUGAAGAUCAUCAAGGACUCUAAGUGCGAUUAUCCGGCAGCGUGUAAUGCGAUGGAGACCUUGCUGAUACAUGAGAACCUUAUGGGCAGCAACUUUUUCAACGACGUAUGCAGCAUGUUGCACAGAGAAGAAGUGAAAAUCAAUUCCGGCCCGAAGAUAAGAGAGCUAUUGACUUUCGGUCCACCACCCGCCAAAAGCAUGCGAACCGAAUACAGCGCACUCGAAUGCACCAUAGAGGUGGUCUCCGACGUCGACGACGCUAUCAACCACAUUCAUAAAUACGGCAGCAAUCAUACCGAUGUCAUUGUAACCGAAAACACCCACACAGCAACGCACUUCCAGAGGGAAGUGGACAGUGCAUGUGUUUUCCACAAUGCUAGUACCAGGUUUGCGGACGGCUACAGAUUCGGUCUCGGAGCAGAGGUCGGUAUUUCGACGGCACGUAUUCAUGCACGUGGUCCAGUUGGGGUGGACGGGCUAUUAACAACGAAAUGGAUUUUGAAAGGGGAUGGACACGCGGCCGCGGAUUUUGCUGAAGGAGGGAGUGGAACCUGGCUUCAUCAAUCUUUACCACUUACCGAAUCGACGUGACUCGAUCACUUCGUUAUCUCGAGGUUAUUAGAUAAUGGAAAAAUAAUAAACUUUUUAAGAUUCUUUGAUCUCUCACUGUAGCCUUAUUGAAUUGUGAAGUGAUGAGACAUUAUAUGAAUUUGCGAAAAAUGCCAACAUAAA